CAUGGACGAAAAUAACCUUGUGUGUCUCACUCCACCAAUGACCUUGGAUGUGGCAGACAAUUUCAGCCGAUAAUUUCAGUCAUAUUAAUUACAUAUCGGAUAUCUUUGCUUACACGUCUACAGUCGGCGGGGCAUAUUUAAAUCCAAGGUCGUUCAAUGCGUGUAGUCAGUAGUGUGCUGGAGUUCAAGGAGACUUUGCGCAGCUGCUCUAAAUCUGGGAAUAUUUUGAUAGUGGACUUCUAUGCAGACUGGUGCGGACCAUGUCGCUUUAUUGCGCCUCAUUUUGAGGCACUAUCUGCAGAGUAUCAACCAAAAAACUUCGUCUUUCUAAAAGUGAAUACGGAACAUUGCAGAGAACUUUCUCGACAAGAAGGCAUAUCUGCUUUACCGACUUUUAAAUUAUAUCAGGAUGAGCGUUGUGUUCGAACAAUUGUCGGUUAGUCACAUUUAAAUGACAUCGGGUUUAAACCUGGCUUUAGGCAGCAAUCUCAGCAAAUUACGAGCUGUUCUGGAUGAAUUUUCACUAGAUUACUCGCUCAUACAGCUUAAGCUUCAUGAAAAUGAUGAAGAGAAGAUUCGGGCUUUUAAAUGUCUACAUAACAUUAUGGACAAGAUCUUGACCAAUCCUCAAGACGAAACUUGUCGUCGGAUUACUUUGACGAGUACUGAUUUCACUGAGACUCUUUUAGUCAUCCCUGGAUGUAUGGACUUCUUAUUUUCUGCAGGCUUUCAGGAGGCAGAUGACGCCUUUGUCUUGCCUAUGACAGCUGAUCUCAGUCAGUCAAGAAAGCUGCUUAACCAACUGAAGUCAUGUUUGCCAACUACUAGUGCUGCAAAAUCACAACAUGAGACUAUGGAGUUGACAAAUUCAGAAUUAAACUUUAUGGAUAAAAUGCUUACUUAUCGGAGUUUUGUCUUAAACUAUAUGGAUCCUCAAUUACAGAAACAGGCACGUGAAUUAAUUCCUAGUGAACAGUUACUUUUAUCUGCUUGUCAAAAUAAUGGUUGUUCUGAGGAUGAAGUGAAGCCUGAAGACUUUCUUCGAGAAUUAAUGUCUUGGUUCAAGAGUGAAUUCUUCAAAUGGGCUGAUAAUUUUGAGUGUCAAACAUGUGGGAGUAAAAUGGCUUCCCAUUCCGUAGAUCAACCUCGACGGGAUAAUAAUGAAAUGGAUGGUGAUGCAAAUGUCGUAGAAGUCUAUGUAUGCAAAACAAAUCGUCAACAUCCGACUUAUCGAUUUCCACGCUAUAACAAUCCCAAAAAGUUACUUGAAACUCGUCUUGGCCGAUGUGGUGAAUGGGCAAAUUGUUUCGCUUUAUUUCUUGUCUCAGCUGGACGUUCUUCAUCUAAUCAACCAUGGUUUGAUGCAUGUCGUUUUAUUAUGGAUUGGACAGAUCAUGUUUGGUGUGAAGUCUGGUUAGAGGAUAAACACACUAAACGUAAACGUUGGAUGCAUUGUGAUCCAUGCGAGGGUCAACUAGACAAACCGUUGUUAUAUGAAUCAGGAUGGAAUAAAAAAGUGAAUUAUAUUCUGGCGUAUACAGUGCCACCACGUCAAAUAUCCAGUAAUCAAUUAACAUCUAUUGAUAUACAAGAUGUAACAUGGAGAUAUACACAGAAUUUUUCAGAGGUACGGUCACGUCGUAAUCUAAUCAGGGAGUCUGUAUUAGCUGCGAAACUAGCGAAUAUUCACAAAGAUGCUGUACAAAGCUGGUCAUCAUUUCUCAAAGAGACAACACACAGUGAUGAGAAUCCAUUUUCUUGGAAAUCUAUUCUUAAUGAAUUGAUAUCUUUCUUACAUCCACCAAAAUCGACUGGCCAGCUUCCAGGUCGUCAGACUGGAUCAUUAGAAUGGCGUGCAGCACGUGGUGAAUUAGGCCAGCAGGCAUCAUCUGGAUCAUUAGAAUCUCCGACUAAAGGAUCCAAGUAUAUUAUUCGUCCAUCUGAUGUUGAACUGGAAAGUGGAGUUUUCCAUCUACGUUAUAAUUCAGCAUUGAAUAUUUAUGAACGUCCUUCAUAUAAUAAAACAAAUACUACCAAUGAAUCGAGUAAUAGUAGUAGCGGUAAUUGUUCAACAAGAGUUAAACAACAACCAUCAUCAUCAUCAUCAAAAUUGAUUGAAAAUGCACGAAAAACUGGUCUGUAUGGAUGGCAAUCUUUGGCUUAUGAAUGGAAGAAUAUUUUUCGAAAGGUUGAAUUGGAUUGGCAUAUGGUUUAUUUAGCCCGUGAAGAAGACUGUAAUCCAACUGAUGAGGGCAUAAUCACAUGGAUGUUAGAUUUAAGAGAUACUGAUUAUGUAGUUGACAAAAUAUCUUUAUUUACAAAUAUGGUCUGCCAUUCAUCAGAUAGUCAUGCUCAUUUUGUCCUAUGCUCUGGAGAAUAUCCUUCAGAUGGACAAGUAGACAAGAAAUGCGAGACAACAGAAUCUGUACCAAAAUCUUGUAUAUGUCUUCAACCCGGCUCAGCAUCAUUAUUCAAUUCAGACGCUAUGAAUGGCUCAGAUUUCCUCUGCUUAAAAGCACGUUUAUGGAGUGAUGAUAACUCUGCGAAGUUAUCUUCUUUGGCAUGGCAACAAGCUCAAUUAUUUCGACAAAAGGAUAAUGAUUUUGAUACUUGGUCACUGGAGUGGAAAGUUGAAUUGAUAAAAAAGAAGUCGAAGAAGGAGGAGUAGUAGAAAGAAGGCGGACGGGAUGCAGGCGAAGUCAAGCCGAAAAUACUGACUUUUAAUAUAUAAAGCAACACCUAACAACAUGUCAUGAUUGCUUCUCUUUUUUCUUUUUUUUUAAAGGACUUAUUUUGUUUAUUUUAUUCUAUUUAUAUAGCAUAGAAAUGCUGUGAUGAACAGUCUCAAAUUGUGCUUUAUGAAGUUCUGCAUGUUAUAAUAAUAUACAAUAAUAUAAAAUAUAGGGAACAAUAUAUUUGUAUGAGGGGGGAUAGACAAACUGAUGAAAGAUUUGUAGGGUGUGUCCCCUAUAUUUUUUCUCCCGCUCAUUUUCAUCUUUAAAAAAAAAUUAUUAUUUGAUAUUUUAUUUCAUGUUUUAUCCUUUGUUCUUGAUAUUCUUGAAAAUGUUCUGUAAUUUCUUUUUACGUGUUUGUUUAUCUAUCCCACCUUUUUUCGGGAGAUAGAGGCCUCCGUCUCUCCCCACCUCUCUCUCUCUCUCUCGAAAAGCGAGGUAGGUGGGAGGGGAAAGAGGUGGACUAAGUUCAAAUAGGAGAAGAUUAAUUUUGUGAAGGAGAGGUG